AGAUUUUCAUAUCUCAUUGUUCAGAGCUCACCUUUGGUCACUUUGCCCGUGCCAUGGAAGCCGUACAGUUUCAGGCAGUGGCUUCCCGCCAUUUCUCUUCUCUUUCGAGCAGCAAAACUAAAACCCUCUGCAACAACUACAAGACUUCUUCAGCUAGAUUUUGCUCAGCUUGGACUGGUUCCCACCUCUCCACUGCGCUCUCUUCCAGGAAUUUAUUCACUAGAGAGAUAUGGGGUUUGGUGAAUUCAAAACAUGUUAGCCAUAGAAGGGAAAUGCGUGGAAUUAUAAGAGCAGAGAUGUUUGGACAGUUAACCAGUGGCCUUGAAUCAGCUUGGAACAAGCUCAAAGGAGAAGAGGUUUUGACUAAGGAAAACAUUGUGGAGCCUAUGAGAGAUAUUAGGAGGGCUUUACUGGAGGCAGAUGUGAGCCUUCCUGUCGUGAGAAGGUUUGUGCAAGCCGUCAGUGACCAAGCGGUUGGAGUUGGCCUUAUUCGUGGUGUCAAACCAGAUCAGCAAUUGGUCAAGAUUGUGCAUGAUGAGCUAGUGAAACUAAUGGGUGGUGAGGUGUCUGAACUUGUUUAUGCAAAAAAUCCCCCCACUGUUAUUUUGUUGGCUGGUUUACAAGGAGUUGGAAAGACAACUGUGUGUGCCAAGCUGGCUUCUUAUCUUAAAAAACAGGGGAAGAAUUGCAUGCUAGUUGCUGGAGAUGUUUACAGACCCGCUGCUAUUGACCAACUUGAAAUUUUGGGUAAACAGGUGGGUGUACCUGUAUAUACUGCGGGAACAGAUGUUAAACCCUCACAAAUAGCUAAGCAAGGUUUAGAGGAGGCCAAAAAGAAGAACAUAGAUGUGGUGAUAGUAGAUACUGCUGGAAGGCUUCAGAUUGAUAAAGCUAUGAUGGAUGAAUUGAAAGAUGUAAAGCGAGUCCUGAAUCCUACAGAAGUUUUGCUCGUUGUGGAUGCAAUGACUGGCCAAGAAGCUGCAGCCUUAGUGACGACAUUCAACUUAGAGAUUGGGAUUACUGGAGCUAUUUUGACAAAGCUAGAUGGAGACUCCAGGGGUGGAGCAGCUUUGAGUGUUAAAGAGGUAUCAGGAAAGCCUAUCAAGCUAGUUGGGCGAGGUGAGCGGAUGGAAGACCUUGAACCUUUUUACCCAGAUCGAAUGGCAGGCCGCAUAUUAGGAAUGGGAGAUGUUCUAUCAUUUGUGGAGAAGGCGCAAGAAAUUAUGAAACAAGAAGAUGCUGAAGAUCUGCAAAAGAAGAUAAUGAGUGCAAAGUUUGACUUUAAUGAUUUCCUAAAGCAAACACGUGCUGUUGCACGUAUGGGAUCCAUGAGUCGUGUUAUUGGAAUGAUUCCUGGAAUGGGGAAGGUUACUCCUGCACAAAUUCGUGAUGCUGAAAAGAACGUAAAGAUGAUGGAAUCCAUGAUUGAAGUGAUGACCCCUGAGGAAAGAGAAAAGCCAGAACUGUUGGCAGAGUCUCCUGUAAGAAGAAAAAGAGUUGCUCAGGAUUCUGGAAAAUCAGAGCAGCAGGUGAGCCAACUUGUUGCUCAACUCUUCCAAAUGCGUGUUCGUAUGAAAAAUUUGAUGGGUGUAAUGGAAGGCGGAUCGAUGCCAACACUCAGCAAUCUCGAGGAAGCAAUGAAAUCUGAACAAAAGGCUCCUCCUGGUACUGCAAGGAGGAAGCGAAGAUCAGAGUCAAGGAGGCAGUUUGUAGACUCAGGAUCAACAAGGCCAAGUCCUCGUGGCUUUGGUGCUGGAAACUAGCUCAUUUUUUUACAAAACAGUUGUAUUUUAAGAUUUUUCUACUUGCAUUGUGGUCAAAUUCAUUGGUUUUGGUUGUUCACGAGUAUUAUACUCGUAAAACUGUUUUUGCAAAUGUCAGUGUAAGUUAUCUGUGUAUUUAGAAGUUGUAGUUUCAUUUGUAUUAACAAGGCUCACAAAGUUGAAGUCAAACAACCGAAACUCCCACAAUUUUUCUAUAAAUAUUUAUGUUAUAUUAUAUAUAUAAAUAAAUCAUCUAUAUAUUUAUA